AGCGAGAACCCGGUUCGCCUGGGCGAAUGGGUGGAGGUGCGAGUGUCAAGAACCGGACGCUUGGCCUCGCUCGAAGUGGAGGAUGAUCCUCCGCAGGAAAUCCUGGCGCCAGGAGCUUUCACGCAACUGUCGUUGCCGCUAAAUCUUUACUUGGGCGGCGCGCCGUCCACCGACAUGUACUCGCCGAAGAUGAAAACGACCGCCAGCUUCGUGGGAUGCAUUCAGACGGUCAUUUUGAACCGUCGUGAGAUUGGAAUUCUCGCCGAGGCACUGGGCGGAGUGAAUGUCGGCAAUUGCGGACACGCGUGCGAGGCGAGGCCCUGCGGAGACGCGGAGUGCCGUCCGCUCCGGGACCGAUUCACGUGUCGCUGUCGGCCUGGCAUGCCGCAUCCGUGUCCAGCGCCGGACGACAACACGAUUCUGGACAGCUCUCUGGUGAAACCGAACGGUGGCACGCACUACGAGAGAUCGGUGCCCAGUUUCUCCGGCAGCGAGAGCUACCUUCAUUACAACGACGCUGACACGAUGAAAAGGUACCAGCCAGUUGACAAAUCU